GUGUUUGUGGUCAGUUUGGUUUGGCUGAGUUGGGAUGGAUCUGGGCAAUUCUCGUGACUUACGUGGUGCACCGGUCUCUAAUGGCAGUGAUGGCAUAGCAGUAUGAGUCAAUUGCACGGCCUUGCAUCGGGAAUGGGAAGGCGGGGUGCCGGCUAGUGAAGCGGGUGCACCACUUCUGACAACAACUUGCGCUAGGCACGAUGGGACGAUCUACGCAGAGUCAGCUCGGGUACUCUCCUUCCGGGGAGGAAAGAGAUGAGGCCACGGGCAGGAAAGGACGGACGAGGACUGCAGGUGCUCUAGCUUGUAUGGUAAAUGCGGAAGUCGGGGCUGUGCUAUCGGUCAUGCGUAGGAAUGCUCGAUGGGCAGGGCGGUACAUCUCUGGCGACGAGCCUAUGGAACAUUCCCUCAUACGCAAUCUGAAGACACUCCGUCGCAAGAUCUUCACAUGGCAAUCCCCUUCUUCUCCGGGAUGGCAGUCUGUGAACCCCUCUUUCUACCUGUCUCCUUUCUUGGACGUGAUCAGAUCUGAUGAGACCGGAGCUCCAAUCACCGGCGUUGCCCUCUCUGCUGUCUAUAAAAUUCUUACCCUAGACAUUAUUGAUGUUAAAACCGUGUCUGUGGAAGGAGCCAUCCAUGGAAUUGUGGACGCAGUCACUAGUUGUCGAUUCGAAGUCACGGAUCCAGCUUCGGAAGAAGUGGUCUUGAUGAAGAUCUUACAAGUACUGCUCGCAUGUAUGAAGUGUGGGGCCGGUCUCGUUUUGAGCAACAGAGACGUGUGUGUGGUCGUGAACACUUGCUUCCGAGUCGUUCACCAGGCUGGUAGCAAGGGGGAGCUUUUGCAAAGAACUGCUCGUCAUACUAUGCACGAAUUGGUCAGGACAAUAUUUUCUCAUUUGCCGGACCUUGAUCCAACCCCUGGAGCUGUCAACGAUGUCGAAGCCACCGGAAAUGGCAGCAUUGAAGCUGCUCCUCAUAGGUUAUCUACGGAGGAUAGCUCUAGGUCUCAAGGGACGAAUCCUUCUACUUCGAACGGUGCUUCUGGAGAAGAUGGUUAUUCAGAAGGUUUCACCAGAGAACCAGAAAGGUCAGAACCUGAUUCUCAAGCUGAGGAUACUCUUCCAAGGAAACCUCCCAGGCCUCCAAGCAGAGAGAAAAUGGCGCUCGUGGUAUCAAACAAAGCAGAUCAGGACAAGUCUCACAAGGACGGAUCACCUGCUUUGGAACCGUAUGGUGUGCCUUGUAUGGUGGAGAUAUUCCACUUCUUAUGUUCUUUGCUAAAUAUCACGGAUCCUACCGGUCCUGGGCACAGUUUGCUCGCCAGUGAUGAGGAGGUACCUUUGUUCGCAUUGGGCCUGAUAAACACGGCCAUUGAGCUCGGAGGACAAUCCUUCGGCUAUCAUCCGAAGCUACUGGCUCUUGUACAGGAUGAGCUUUUCAGAAACCUCAUGCAGAUGGGGCUGUCCUUCACCCCGCCCGUGUUGUCCAUGGUAUGCAGUAUUGUCCUUAAUCUUUAUCAUCACCUAGGUACAUUUUUGAAGCUUCAAAUAGAAGCCUUCUUUGUGUACGUCGUCAUAAGGCUUGCACAGGGCAAGUAUGGAGCUGCGUAUCAGCAGCAAGAAGUGGCCAUGGAAGCCCUGGUAGAUUUUUGUCGCCAGCCCACCUUCAUGGCCGAAAUGUACGCCAACUUCGACUGUGACAUCAUCUGCAGCAAUGCGUUUGAGGAUAUCGGGAAUCUGCUGUCCAAGAGCGCCUUUCCAGUGAAUUGCCCGCUGUCAGCCAUGCAUGUCUUGGCCUUGGAAGGCCUUCUUGCUGUGAUUCACAGCAUGGCAGACAGGAUAGAUUCCUUGCCAGUUACCCCUCAGCUGGAGAUGGUGAACUACACUGACGCCCCAGAUUUCGUUCCGUUCUGGACACUAAAGUGUCCAAGCUACGAGGAUCCCUCAUGUUGGGUUGAGUUCGUCAGGCAGCAAAAGUAUAUCAAACGGAGGCUGAUGAUAGGUGCUGAUCAUUUCAACAGGGAUCCGAAGAAAGGACUCGAGUUCCUGCAGGGAAUACGCCUUCUGCCGAAAAACCUUGAUCCGAAGAGUGUGGCGUGUUUUUUCAGGUACACGACUGGAUUGGAUAAAAGGCUGUUGGGAGACUUCUUGGGUGAUCAUGAUGAGUUUUGUGUGCAAGUGCUACAGGAAUUGGCCAAAACUUUUGACUUCAGUGACAUGAGCUUAGAUGCUGCUUUGCGGACAUUUUUGGAGAGCUUUCGGUUGCCUGGUGAGGCACAAAAGAUUCAAAGAGUGCUGGAGGCUUUUGCUCAAAGAUACUACGAGCAGUCGCCUGUGGUGUUUGCCAAUGAAGAUGCUGCUUUCACUCUGGCAUAUUCUAUAAUCAUUUUGAACACAGACCUGCACAAUCCACAGGUGAAGAGGAAAAUGACGGAAGAGGACUUCAUCAGAAACAAUCGUGGCAUAAACGGGAAGCAAGAUCUUCCGCGGGAGAUGUUAGCCGAGCUCUACCAUUCAAUUGCCAGGAACGAGAUCCGUAUCUCUUAUGACAACGGUGCAGGAGUCCCAGAAAUGACACACAGCCGCUGGGUGGACCUCAUGAGACGCUCGCGCUCCUCCACGCCAUACAUCAAAUGCGAUUCUCGUCCGCUCUUAGACCAUGACAUGUUUGCUAUCAUUUCGGGGCCGACGAUUGCUGCCAUUUCAGUGGUUUUUGACCAUGCAGAGGAUGAGGAUGUCCUAAGAUCAUGCGUGGAUGGCUUCUUAGCUGUUGCCAAAAUUUCAGCUAGCCACCGGCUGGAGGAUGUUUUGGAUGACCUCGUCGUUUCUCUCUGCAAAUUCACUACGCUCUUGAACCCCACUGCAUCAGCAGAAGAGCCUGUAGUGGUUUUCGGUGAUGACACCAAGGCGCGUAUGGCGGCAGUCACGGUCUUCACCAUCGCAAAUAAGUGGGGAGAUUACGUGCGGACAGGGUGGCGAAACAUUCUUGAUUGUAUACUGCGCCUUCACAAAUUAGGCCUCUUGCCUUCUCGGGUAGCAAGUGAUGCGACUGACGAUGCAGACGCCGGUGGAGACUCAGCUCAGGGUAGGGUCAUGUCCGGCAACUUAUCUCUAGCUGUAAUACCUUCAGCUGGAAACAGACGCCGCUCGACAGGAUUGAUGAGUAGAUUUAGUCAGCUUCUUUCGCUUGACGUGGAUGAACCCAGAACUCAACCCACCGAGCAACAACUCGCUGCUCAUCAGAAGACGCUUCGAACCAUUGAAGCCUGUCACAUUGAUAACAUUUUCUCAGAUAGCAAGUUUUUGCAAGCGGAGUCACUGUUGCAACUCGCCAGAGCCCUUAUCUGGGCCGCUGGAAGGCCUCACAAGGGUGGAAGCUCACCAGAGGACGAGGAUACAGCGGUUUUUUGUCUGGAGCUACUUAUUGCUAUCACCUUGAACAACAGGGAUCGGAUUAUGCUUCUUUGGCAGAUGGUUUACGAACACAUGGCAGGUAUUGUUCAGACGUCUAUGGUUCCGGGUCUUUUGGUGGAGAAGGCGGUUUUUGGGUUGCUGCGCAUCUGCCAACGAUUGCUUCCUUACAAAGAGGACUUGGCGGAAGAGCUCUUACGAUCACUCCAACUUCUGUUGAAACUAGACGCCCGUGUAGCCGAGGCAUUCUGUGAGCGCAUAACGCAGGAAAUGAUGCAACUUGUGAAGGCAAACGCUGGACACAUCAAAUCUCCUAUGGGUUGGCGUACUGUGUCAUCCUUGCUAGCAAGUACUGUUCGACAUCCGGAGGCCUUUGGGCCAGGGUUCGAAACACUCAGCUUCAUCAUGUCUGAUGGAGCCCACUUGACCCCAGCUAACUAUGUUCUAUGUUUGGAUGCUGCUCGUGCUUUUGCUGAAGCUCGUGUUGGUGGAGUCGAGAGGUCCAUUCGAGCUUUGGAUCUUCUGGCAGAAUCAGUGAACUGCUUAAUUCAGUGGGCUGCAACUUGUUCUGACAGCACCAAGGGAGCAGGCGGAGAAGUUUUCAAGCCGGAGACUAAAGAUGAUGCAAUUGUUGACACACAAGCGCUAGGGGAAAUGUGGUUAAGGCUUGCUCAAGUGCUGAGAAGAGUUUGCGGAGAACAGAGGGAGGAUGUGAGAAAUCACGCCAUCUUAUCGCUGCAGCGCUGCCUGUUGUCUGUGGAGAACAUCCAUCUUCCACCGACCAUUUGGCACCCUUGCUUCGAACAGGUUAUUUUUGUAAUGCUUGACGAUCUGUUAGACGUUGCCCUCAGACAUCCUCCGAAGGAAUACCGUGGUAUGGAAGGCACACUGCUGCAUGCCAUGAAGUUUCUCUCCAAGAUUUUUCUGCAGUAUCUGAGCCAACUCUCACAGUUGCCAAGUUUCCGCCCAACGUGGUUCAAUAUACUGAGUCGCAUGGAAAUGUAUAUGAAUGCUCGUCUCAAAGGUAAGGGUUCUGACAAGCUCCAAGAAGUGAUACCAGAGCUUCUGAAGAAUAUGUUGCUGAUCAUGCACAAUAAGGGAGUUCUUGUGCAAAGGAGUACCUUGAGUGGGGACAGUCUUUGGGAGCUUACAUGGCACCAUGUCGAGGCCAUUGCCCCCGCAUUACAAAGUGAGCUCUUUCCUGAGCAAGAAGGGGAUCCUGAAGCUGAGUCUUCUAUUCCUCUUCUGGGUAGGGGAGAUGCACCAGCAACACCAGUUGGCGAACAGGAUGCUGAGAAGGUGAAGGAGCAGAUACUAGCAGAGAAGCAAUGACAGACUUCACAGGACGUCUGAUGUGCACACUGUAUAAGUGUCAGAACCCUUGAUUUUUGUAUAGAUUAUUGUAGGUGGGGCUUGACAUGCGGCCAUUCUAGACCACACAUUCUUACUCACGAUCCGCAAGACAGCCCUUUGCAUUUUAUUAGAGCGAUGGAAUAUCUUUUUCAUUCAUUUAUGGGUACCUCUGGGAGGUGCACGGGAGCAGAAGGGCUGCUGCCCUUGCAAGUAGGAACAGCAGCGAGUUUAUUCACGACAGCAUUUAAGGGCUGCAGUACGUGAUUGACUGUCAUUCGAAUACAUGCUUCAGUACCUCCAGAUUCACGGGGUUAUCUGAUACAAGCAGGUGCCUGGCAAUAUCGGACGGGUGUUGAUGUGGUUGUUUCAGGUAACACUUGAUUGUCAUUUAGUGGUACAAGCCUCAUAUUGAGAUAUUAAAACCUUUUAGAAAUCACUCUAUGUGGCGCAAAGGCGUACAGCCUAUUGAGUCAGAUCAUCAAUUCUAUUCAUGAUUAUGGUGCGAAGGAUGAUAUUUAAGCUCGUCCACGUGGUUCCUGCAGU